AUGUAUGCAGGCUAUAACUUCUAUACCUCCUCCAUAGAUCCGGUAUUAAAGAUCCAAUGGUGGCAAGAACUGCUUUUUGGCGGUAUUUGUUUCGUCAUGGCGAUCAUGGGUACCGUCUUCUUCCGCCGUGGCUUCGGUUUGAUUUCCCAGAUCAACGCUGCAAACCUCAACGGUAAAACCCAGCUAUCAAUAAAGGUCAGGCGUAUGCUUCCGUUUAUGAAACAACGCGAGCUUACCCUUGCGCCCUCGGAGCUCUCUAUUUCACAGAAAGUAACUGUGAGUGAAACGGAGCUUACCAAGGCCGGCUGGUCGGAGUCGCAGCAGCGAUUUGCGCGCCAGCGGGCUCUGGAUAAUACUCCCUUCCUCAAGAUGCCAGUUCAGAAGACGAGUUUGGCCAUUUUCAGGGCUUUUUCGAAUGCCCGGCGUUUAUUUACCCAGGAGCAUUUUGUUUAUGUCAACAUAAAGGGGCAGAAGAGUACAUUGCGUCUGGAUGCCCUUGGCUCUUUUUCUCCCGAGUUCCAUAUGCUGCAAAAGGCAGUUGUGGAGGUAGUAUAA